CCUGUUCGGUACCUAGGGUCGACGCGUGGUUUGUUCAGGCGUAGUUAAACGAGUGGUAGCAUUGGUAGCGGUAAUAGCGGGAUUGACACGUAAUAAUAGUUAAAAUUUGUUACAUUUUAUUAAAAAAAAGCAAGAAUGGAAUCUAAGAAGGAACUCAUGAGUGACAAGCGGUUUUCUCGCAUCACAAAAGACCCUCGGUUUUGGGAAAUGCCAGAAAAGGACCGCAAGAUCAAAAUUGAUUCAAGAUUUCGGGCUAUGUUUCAUGACAAAAAAUUCAAGUUGAAAUAUACUGUGGAUAAGCGAGGUCGACCUAUUAAUCGCAGCUCUACAGAGGACCUGAAACGUUUUUAUGAUUUUUCUGAUUCAGAUUCUGAUGUUUCAGAGACUGACAGUAAGCAGACUGAAAAGAAAACAAAUCAGAAAAAGGUCAAAUCUAAAAGGGAAAAAAGCUCCCAAAAGUCUUCUGUUGGUAGGCAGGCAAGCAAGCAGGUAGAUAAGAUUUCAUCUGUCUCACAGUCAGAUAUUUUAAAAACCGAUGGUCAAAAAGGCAAAUCAUUUAAACCAGAAAAGGAUAUAAAAGAGAAAAAGGCAACUGAAUUUCCACAAGACCUUGCAGUUGUGCCCAAAAAGCAGAACAAUUAUGAUGGGAUUUCUAAAGAGAGUAUAUGUAAAAAAUCUUCAAGGAAGAUUGUAAAAGAAAAACCAAUGGGAAAUUACAGAAAUGAUUUAUCUGCCAGCUGUGUCAAGAAAGCAUAUAUGAAAAAUAAAAGUUGUAAAAUUGAGAAUUCUAAUCUCCAAGAAUCAAAAGAAAGUGGGGAAAGUGAAGACGAAAAUAAGUUAGAAGAUAAUAGCGAUCUGGAAGAGGAAAGUGAUGUGGGAGAUGAUAGAGGAAUAAGAAAGGGAAGCAGUUCAGAAGAUGAUGAAGAAGAAUCAGUGAAUGAAAGUCAAACAGAUGGUGAUGAAAGUGACAGCGGGCCAGAUUUGGCAAGGGGGAAAGGUAAUCUUGAAACCAGCUCCGAGGAGGAAGAGGAAGAUGAUUUGUCAGAGUUAUUUCCCAGAGAGCCUGAAAUUAUACAUGAGUGGGGGGAACUGGGGAAGGAUGCCCCACAAGCAGAUCAGAUUACACACAGACUGGCAGUUUGUAACAUGGAUUGGGAUCGAUUGAAAGCAAAGGACCUACUGGCUUUACUUAACUCAUUUACACCCAAAGGCGGUGUUAUUUUUUCUGUAAAGAUUUACCCUUCAGAGUUUGGAAAACAGAGAAUGAAAGAGGAGGAACUGAAAGGCCCUACAGAACUAUUAAGCCUUCCUCAAAAUGUCACAGAAAAAGACAGCCUUUAUAAGGAGAAAUUGAGAGACUAUCAAUUCAAACGAAUGAGGUAUUUCUAUGCAGUAGUUGACUGUGACUCCCCUGAAACAGCCAACAAAAUAUAUGAAGAGUGUGAUGGAUUGGAAUUUGAAAGCAGCUAUUCUUUUGUGGACUUGAGAUUUAUUCCAGAUGAUGUGACAUUUGAUGAUGAGCCAAAGGACGUGGCCUCUGAAGUGGAUGGGGCUGCUUAUAAACCAAAGUACUUCACAUCCGCUGCUGUGGCAACAUCAAAGGUAGACAUUACGUGGGACGAAACAGAUCAAGAAAGGGUGACUUCUUUGAGCAAAACUUUUAAAAAAGAUGAACUUCUAGACAUGGACUUCCAAGCUUAUUUGGCUUCAUCAAGUGAAGAAGAAGAGGAGGAUGAGAAAGAAAAAGGUGAUGAUGAAACACAUGUAGUGGAUGGCAGUAAACCUAAAGAACAUUCGAAAGAUGAUGAAGACCAGAUAAUGAAAUACAGAGAGCUUCUUCAGAGUAUUCAGGAAAAAGAAAGGAAGCACCGAGAAACUGAUAUGGAAAUGGAAAUUAAAUGGGUUCCUGGUCUGAAAGAAAGUGCUGAAGAGAUGGUAAGAAACAAGCUAGAAGGCAAGGAUAAACUGACUCCCUGGGAGCAAUUUCUAGAAAAGAAGAAAGAGAAAAGGAAAAUGAAGAAAAAGCAAAAGGCUGCCGCCGUUAAGGAAAUGCUGACUGAAGACGAAUGCCCAUCUGAUGUUGAUUUGAAUGACCUAUAUUUUGCUGAGGAACUUGGGAAAGCAGGUUUGAAUAAAACAUUAAAGAAAAGAGAAGUUGUUAAAGAAAAGGAAGGUGAUGCUGAAAAGCAAAAGGCUGAAAUGGCUCUGCUGCUAAUGGAGGAGGAGGAUGAAAGGAGACACUUCAAUUAUGACAAGAUAGUAGAACAGCAGAACCUGAGCAAAAAGAGAAAAAAGCUACUAAUGAAAAAGAAGGAACUGCUGAUGGAUGACUUCCAGGUAAAUGUUGCUGAUGCCAGAUUUCAAGCCAUGUAUACUUCCCAUUUGUUUAAUUUGGAUCCUUCUGAUCCAAACUUUAAGAAAACAAAAGCAGUGCAAAAGAUUUUGGAGGAGAAAGCUCGCCGAAGGCAGCAGGGGUCAACUGAGGCAAAGGGAGAACAGGACAUUAUGGCAGAGAAGAAACCUGUUGCCGAAAAAUCUCUAGAUCCUUCAUUGUCAAUGCUAGUCAAAUCUGUCAAGAAUAAAACAGAACAAUUUCAAGCAAGGAAGAAACAGAAAGUUAAGUAAGUUGACUGAAGAGUUUGAAGAUGAAGUGGACUUUCAAAGAAAUCAAAAAUUCUUCCAAUUCGAGCUUAAAUGCUUAUAAAAAUCUUGCCAGAGGAAUUGCAAAUGAAGCUAUUCUAAAAGCAAAUGUAACUUAUUUUGGUUAUAUUAAAAAGUGAGGUUGUUUUCCUUGUUAUAACUUGAGCUGGGAUUGGCUCUUGAGCAUUUUUAAAUGGGGAAAAUAUUUUGGAUAUCUGCAAUCAUAUUAAUAAAAUCUAUUAAAUGGAAAACAUGUGACUUAUUACUGUGACUAGCAUUGAAUAAUAACACAUUGCUUAAAGUCAUGCGAUACUUCAAAGAUGUAUUGCACUGUUGAAGAUUGUUCUAGUUUUUUGAAUGUCACAGCAGUUCUUUGGUUCACACAAAAAAUUAGAAGUUAAGAAUCUGAUAAGCUAUAGACAUUCCUGAAUUGCUCUACAAUUCAGGUCUUUGGUUAAUCAUUAAUACACAGAUUAUACCUGCAGAAUAUAUUCUGUUGUAAUUUUACAGGACUUGGUGAAUGGCUCACAAUGCAAACUGGAACCAGUGUUCUCCCAGAUUUAGAUAGUUCUGUAUUUCCUUUCUGGGAAUUGCUAGAUGCACGUCUGCACUAGAAGACCUGAUUGUCUUAAUUGGUUACUCAGUCCAAUAAUAGGACUGAAUUUAUGAAACAGGCUUGACAGCCAAGCAAAAAGUACAAGCAAUGCCAUCCUCUGACUAUUUUUGGAACAAAUUGGGGGAAGCUGCUAUUUCCAGGUCUUUGUGGAAUAGGUUGCUCUCCGUACUGGUUUGAAUAUUCUCUCUUCCCUUCUUAUCCCCAAACCCCAUAACUGGGGAGUGUUGUUGUAAGGAGGGCAUACUUACUACACAGCUAAACAAAACUUCUCUAGGAAGUUUUUACAAGGUCUAUCCUCAACGCUAUCCUCAAACUCUUACGUUUAAAAGGAGGACAUUAUGCCCCCGCCGCAAUUAAACUUUUCCAGGCGAAAUCGCUUGCCCAGAUGUUGUAUGGGACACACCUUGGACCCUCAUCCGCCUCCUUACCCCUGGAGAGAGUCCAGUCCAAAUUUUAAGAGCAAUCCUACAGUUGCCUCGCUGUGUGUCAAAUGCCUGCUUGCGCCUGGAGACUGGCCUUUUAAAGGUUGAAUCAAGAAUCUGUCAUCUUUAAAUCUAUGGC